AUGGACGCUCCACAGACGUCCAAACAAACAAAGAAUCGGCCCCGAGAAACCGUCAAGCUAUUGUACGACUACAAGCUCGAGAACGCGCCCGGCAAAUCGAUCGUCGGGCUCCAAGUCCACCUGCCCCCCGGGGGGUUCACGCCUCCUCACCGACACGGCGGCGCGACCGUCGUGGCCACGGUGACGGACGGCCAGUUCUUGAGCGGCAUGAAUGGCAACCCACCCGUCGUCUACGGGGUCGGGCAGAGCUUCAUGGAGCGGCCCGGGUGCCACCACACGGUGGCGGAGAACAACAGCCAAGAGAAACCCACGUCGUUUACCGCCGUGUUUGUCGUCGACUCCGAGGUCGUGGAGAAUGGUUACGCAGGCCUCACUGUGCUGGAUGAGGCGUGA